AUGGUCUUGGAAGAUUUCGUCCCUUUUGAUGUUCUUCAAUCUCAGUUAUUCAUCCUAAAAAUUCUAUCCGCUUGUAUGACAAAUCAUUGGAAAUAUUAUAGAGGAGCUCAGCGUGAGAUAGAAACCCUGUCAAAAGCUGCUCAAAUGAUUCCAUCUACUAAUAAUUCAAUAAAUGAUCCUGUUUCUAUCUCCUCUCCUACAACUCAAAAUAUUCCUCAACCUGUAAAAAUUGAUCAAAAACAACAGAAAUUACCAAGGUCGUGGGAUGAUCCUCCACCCUUGGAAGAUCCACUUGCUAAAUACAUUUUGAGCGUACUAUCUAGAUUCCUUCAUCAAUUUGUAACUCAUGAAGAUAAUAACCCAAAUAUUCCAAAUGGUCCUUCAAGUAGUCAACCUCAAAGAGAACAACCUAAUAACCCUAAUGUUCAAUUUUCCGCUGCUACUCAUGAUAUCAUUUCUGAAAUUUAUAAAAAUGCUGGACGUGUUAUAUUUUAUAUUAGUGCUUCAAAUUGGCAUGUAGUUUUCUCUAGAAUUAAAAAUCGUAUUGGGUAUUUAACUUCAACAAAUGAUGAUUGGCCUGAAACUGCUGAAUUAAAAUUAUUAGAGGUCUCUGACCUAAAUUCGAAAAGGUUGUCCAUGGUUUUACAAGAAUUAUGUGGUUCAUUUUUACAUCUUAAAAAAUCCGCUCAAACUGUAAUGGCCAAUGUUCUACGAAAAGCUAUUUGGAAUUGGAUUGAAGUUUUUCCUGCUGAAUUUGUACAUCUAUGUCAAAGCCAAAAACGAUUGGAUGGUGGUCCUGAAAUUUUAUUUGAUAUUUGUCAUAGUCUUGCUGAUAAUAAUCGUCGUAAAGCUACUUUUUGGCCAUUACAAACUAUGUUAUUAAUAUUAUGCCCUGAUAUUCUUUUGAAUGCUUCUAUGAUUGAACGUCCUUCCUUAACGUCAAAAAAGGCAACGUUUCUUGAGGCUUUAAGAAAUUCCUUAAAGAAACCUCGACUUGCUGAUGUCGCUGCAGUAUGUUAUGUCGAUAUAUGUAAAGCUUCCACCUAUAUUGCCAAGAAUGAAGCUUCCGCUUUAAGGUCAUUAGUUCCUGAAAUUGAAAAAGAUCUACAGUUGAAAUUAUUUGAUCCUGGGAGACCAUUUACAAGUGAUCAACAAAUUGAUCAAAAACUUAUGACUGAGUGUUUGACAGCUUUAUUCAGAUUAAAUAAAGAAACUUUAGAAAAUUUGAUUCCAGUUUGUUUAGCUGAAACUGCACCUACUACAUUUAAAUUAGUGUUAGUGAAAAGUUGCUAUGCUAUCGCUUCAGAGGAAAAUAGGUUUCCUUGGAAUCCGCAUCUUUCUUCGGUAUAUUCAAUUCUUGCUGUACCUUUACGUAAAUUAUUUCAUCAAUACAUUGCUAGUCGAGAUAGAAAUAAUGAUCCAAGAAGAAGGAGGUUACCAAGAGAUAGAGCAGAUGAGUUGAAUGAAAAAAUGGAAAUAAUAUUAAAUAUAUUGAAGUUAUACAAAUCGGAUCCUAUGCUUGCUCUUGUGUAUAGUGAUCCUAAUGAAAACCCUGAGGAGAUUCGGUUGGUUAUUCAUGGAAUGACUCUAUGCGUUAAUGAUUAUAAUAGUGCAAUUCGGACCACUGCAGCAGAAACUUUGUUAGAAUUGCAUAAUAUGGAACUAAUUGAACAAUGGGGUCCAAAGGAUCGAAAAAUGCGUAAUUUUUGGACAAUUAGCUCCCAAGUAAUGCUCGUUAUUUCUCGACAAAUUUUGGAUUUCAAAGAACGUGAUGAAGGAACAAAGUAUUUGCUUGAACUUUUACUUCAACUCUUCAAUCGUCGAAACGAAUUUCUGAAAGCUCAUAAGGAUGAAACGAAUGUUGGAAUUAAUGCACCUGAACGUCUCGGUUGCAAUGUUGCAUUGGAAAUUGCUUUAUUAGUGUUAUUGUGUUCUGCAGAUACGGAUAUAUGUCAAAUGGCGGUGAAUUGUUUCCGUCAUUUAUGUAUUGAAGCUCAGUUGACUACGGAACUUAUGUCUGAUGAAGUUGAUGUACAAUCAGCACCUCCAUCUGAAUUACCAAUUGUAGAAAAUAUGGAUCAGAAGCGUAUCCGCAGGUUAUUACGUUUAAUGAAAGUACCUACUACUGGUAAUCUUGCUGCGUGGGAAGAGGCAUAUAAACGUUGGAAAUCACUUACUGGAUUGAUUGCGAGGCCAAUUGAAGAUCCACCACCUGUUGAAAGAGAGAGAGGUCUCAUUCCCUGGGGUGGUUCAGUAAGAAAUAUAGGUAUAAAUGCUAACGCAAUAUCUGAGUCACAAAUGACGGAAUGGCACAAUUAUACUGGAUUUUUAGCGGCUUUAGGAGGGUGUUGCGUUUUUGACAAACAAAUAAAUGGUUCAACUACAUCGCAAGAAUCAAAUCAUGUAAUGGUUGAAAAAUACGUUCAUGAUAUGGUAGAUUUGCUCGUAUGCGAUUCUGUGUAUGUUCGCGAAAGUGUUAAAGAAAUUCUCGGCUCGGAAUUGAGUCCAAGACUAUAUGUAAUUCUCUUUAAGCAUGUUGAAUCAAUUGUAUCUCAAUUUUUUGAUGGUGAAGGAGAUGUAUAUACAACAGACAAAAACACACUUGCCGUGGAACAGGCUAUAUCCGUUUUAAAACUCAUUUUAGAUCGUAUUCAAGAUGCAUCUGAAAAUUUAUAUGCGCUAGACCUUGGAGGACUAGUUUUAUCUUUUGCUCGAUAUUUAAAUCGACUGGGUGCGGGUCAUGUUGCAUUACGGAUUAAAAAGAGAAUGUGUCAAUUAGCAGAUACGUUAAUGUUAAAAAAGGACUAUAUAACACUUCGCCAAGAAAUAGUAUUGCGUAAUAGGCUGCUGGAAAUAUUUAUUGAAUGGACUUCGGAUUACUCAAUGAGAACAGAUGGCCAAGGCAAUACCGAAAAUCCUUCAAAUAAGAGUGAAAGGUUACACCGAGAUUUGGACCAAGCAUGCUUAAAAACAAUUGUUUCACUAUUAGCGCAAUUACCAUUACAACCAUCAGAAACAGUGCAUGAAGCUGAAAUUAGUGGUGCUAUUGAUAGUGGAACACAUUCAGCGAGAAAUAAUCAGGAUUUACAAAUGUUGCUAACCAGGUCUAGGGAAUAUGUAAAGGACUUAGGACCUUUGAAAGAUUAUACAAUUUUAGCUUUAAGCAAUUUGCUUAGUGCUAAUGUGGACUCUGGGCUGAAAUUUUCACUAUCAAUGGGAUAUCAUGAAGACACCAAGACUAGAACUGCAUUUAUGCAAGUCCUUACCAAUAUUCUUAAUCAAGGUACUGAAUUCGAGGGUCUUGCAGAAAAUGCAAUGAAUGAUCGAUACGAUAGACUUCUAAUGACGGAAUCAGACCUUAAUAUCGCGUUAUCAUUAUGCGAAGUUUGUCCGGUUUCUGACAUAGAUGAUGUUUCCCGAGUGCUUUUGUCCGUUUUUGAUUCUCGAAAUAAAACUAUGCCCCUAUUGAAAGGCGUCAUUGAAAAAGAAGUCUUAAGUACAGAAUACGAGUCUGACUUAUUCCGGCGCAAUUGCAUGGCUACGCGCAUGUUGGCUGCUUUUGCUAAAAUUCACGGUGCCGAGUAUUUACGUUAUACCUUACAACCAUUGAUAGAUGAUCUUCUUAGUAAACCCAGUGAUUUCAGCUGCGAACUGAAUUCUGAUAAUAUUCCUCCUGGGGAGGACAUUAAUAAAAAUUUAAUCAAUCUUAAGACCACAGCUCAAGCUUUCUUGGAUGGUAUUUGUGACUCCGGAUCGAAUAUGCCUAGGACUUUUCGUCAAGUAUGCCAUUAUAUAGGUAGUUCCGUUGAAGGAAAAUAUCCACGUGCAAAAUGUACUACAGUGGGGGCGUUUGUGUUUUUGCGCUUCUUUAAUCCAGCAAUCGUAUCUCCAGAUAGUGAAAACCUAUGUAAACCUAUUGAAAAUUUAAAAAUUCGAAGGACAUUAUUAUUAAUUACAAAAGUUAUUCAAAAUCUCGCAAAUAACGUACUUUUUGGUGCAAAAGAACCUUUUAUGAUUGUUCUUAACGAGUUCUUAAAUGACAAUAUUGUUAAAGUAACCGCAUUUUUGGAAGAAAUUUCCAAAUUGCCAAAUGUUCCAUCAUUUGCAGAUACAAGGACGGGUGAUCAAGGGAAUAUUCGUAAAUUGGAUGAUACGGAUCGAAAGGCACUUCAUAAAUAUUUAUUUGAGAACCAAGAAAAAAUGGCCAGAGAUUUACAGACACGUCGUGUUAAGUCUAUAAAUCCUGCCAACUCGGCAAAUACUAUUCUUGAUCAAGCUCAAGCGAGCAAAAAAGCAUGGGACAAAAUUUCUACAAUAUUAGCUCAUCUUGGUCCUCCUGCUGAGAAUCAAAAGAAAGAUUUUAAAAGCCAUAGUAAUCACCAUUUUGAAACAAAUCAUCAACUCUUUACUGAGUUUAUGCAUCGUAAUGCCAAUCGUUCAGUUGAUUCUAUAAUAUCAAAAUCAUUAUUUUACGAUGGUGCCUUAUCGAAGGAAAGAAGAAAAGUAUUUUAUUUAAUAUUGAGACGAUUCGAGGCAGAGUCCACUGAUAUGGAUCUUUUAAUGUAUCAUAUUCUUCAAGUAAUCGAGCCAUAUAUUUCUAAAUCUUAUGAACUGCUAGUUGAUGUGACACAAUUUGGGCAAGCAAAUGAAGUACAAUAUCAAUGGGUGCAGGCAUUCUUGCAAAUUCUUCCAUAUAAUGCCAUCGAAAACCUAGCAGCUUUCAGAAUUAGUAAGAAAACAUACUUUUUCAGCACAUUGGAAGAACUUCAUCAAUAUAUAGCACCUCAAGAUGUUAGAUUGCCAAAUAGAACAAUGCAACUUGAUACUGAUCUGCCUCAGGUAUUUAGUCCUGUAAUAAGAAUUUCACAUUAUAGGAUGCAAGUUCCUGUUACUAUGAAGAUUAGUAAUGAAACAAUUCAAGUAAUAACGCAAAGAAGACAAGAAAUAUUUAAUGGAUUAAGUUGUUACCUCAAUGACGUUUAUCAUAUUUCAGAAAUCGAAGACGUUGUCCUUUCUACUCACAGGCAUGAUGAUGAAUUCAUUAUCAAACAAGACCUUGGAAAACCAACACUUGCUUUUACAAGUCCAAAAAAAGAAGCUAUUAUUCAAGCUAUUCGUUCUUCUAAAGCUAGAUACCAAAUAGCAAAACCCACAAAUAUCACUGAGAGAGUAAUUCGACCUAAUGAUGUCCCUGGAACACUAUUAAAUAUGGCACUCCUUAACAUAGGAAGUGAUGAUGCAAAUUUGAGACUUGCAGCAUACAAUUUACUCGUAGCUUUGAGUCUCAUAUUUAAUUUUGACGUUGGUGGUCAAUUACUUGCUGCAAAAGGAUUAUGUAUUCCGGCAAAUAAUACAAGUUUUGUCGUAAAUUUAAGUGAAAGGCUUGCGCAAUCAGAACCCCAUCUUACACAGGAUUUCUUAUCCGAAUUCUUUGUUGGAUUUAAUAAGUCUAAUACACCUUUGAAACAUUUGUGUCUUCAAUACAUGGCGCCUUGGUUGUCAAAUUUAGCAUAUUUCAGCAGAAAUGGAGCAGACAAUCAAAAUCAAUGCGAUAAAACAAGAGAAAUAAUCAAGAACUUGAUCGAAUUAACGGCAAAAGAAAAUGAAAUGUAUAGUGCUAUUCAAUCUAAAAUAUGGCAACCUUUAGGAAAAGUUGACGAAAUUACAAAUAUAAUAAUCGAUGAAUUUGUUCAAUAUGCUGUGCACCACGGUAUAAGCUCAGUGCAAUCCGAAACAGUUGCCAAUACCAUUGUAACACUAUCUUCCAUAAAUAUUCGCGGAAAAAUAAUUGCAAAAUUACGACAGUUUAUUGCACGAACAUCAUUAAAAUCAACAAGAACACUUACAGAAAAUCCGUUAUGGCCGGAAAUAGCUGUUUUAGUCCGGUUUAAUUUAAUGUUAUCAUUUAAUAAUCGCAAUGUUCAUAUGUUUCUACCGGAACUAUUUUAUAUAAUUUCAAUACUUGUUGCUACUGGUCCGCCCCUAAUAAGAGCAUCAAUUCAUGGACUUAUCGUAAAUUUGGUUCAGUCAUUGUGCACGUCAAUGCCAUUAAAUGAGGCGAAUGUAAAAAAACUGAAUCUAUUAUUAACUGAACUAUCUGAACCAAAUUUCCGAUACUUUUUUGGUUUAAACAAUGUAUCCGGAAACGCAUUCGUUAUAUCCCAGGAAUCUGCUAAUGAUAUACCAGAUACAAUGCCUCUUGCUUCUCUUGAAAAAAUAGUUCAGGCACUCUUGGAAGUAAUGAUAUAUGGUGCUGGGUCUGUUGAUAUGUCAAAUAUGUGGAGAUCACGGUGGAUGGGUCUAGUCACGAGCACAGCAUUUCAAACCAACCCAGCAAUACAACCAAGAGCAUUUGUAACACUUGGUUGCCUAGCUCGUGAAGAAGUUGAUGAUGAUCUGCUGUAUCAAAUACUAGUAUCACUAACUGGUGCACUUGCAAAGUUUACUGAGAAUGAUUGUUCUCUCAUCAUCAGCAUCAUAAUGUGUCUCACUAACAUUGUUGAAAAUUUAACUCCCGAUUGCCGUUAUCUAAUUCGAAUGUUCUGGCUAGCAAUGUCACUUGUUCAAAUAGGUCAUAUUCCAAUAUUUCCAAGUGCAAUUAAUUUAUUACAUGAAGUUCUUAAAACGUUAGAUAAUCAUCAUUGUUUUGAAACUGAAAACAUUGCCACUGUUCUUCUUAAAGCACGAGAACCUUUAGAAUCAAUUGCCAUUAAGAUGGAUAAAGAAAGUGGAAUUAAUUACAAUCACUUUUCAUUUGCAAUAGCGGCUACACUUCUAAAAGGGUUAAAAAAUCCAGUUACAAAAGCCGGCACACAAUCAGUACUUACAUGUUUCUUGGACAUUGCUUCAAAAGGUGUGUUGGGUGAGCAAACGAACAAUAUAAUUGAUUCUAGUAUGUUAGGAUAUCUAGCAGCUCUUUUACCGGUAUCAGCAAAAAAUGCAGAUAUGCGAGAAUUGCUCUGGCUCUGUGGAAUCUUUGAUACUGAAGUAGAAAAUUCUGAACUUGGAACAACAUAUUAUAAGAUUUUUGAAAAAUUGGAUAUUCCUGAUAAUCAGACAGGAUUAUUAUUAAUUUCUUUAAUGGUGGCUAUGCUGCAAACUGCAGAGAAUGAACCAGAAAGACUAUUUCUUUAUGGAUUUCUCUCAGAAGCUGCUGUAGCAUUACCUGAAGUGUUUGCUUUGGUUUAUGACAGCUUACUUCCUAAGAUGUCACAAAUAAUCAAUAGCAGUGAGACAAUACCAAUUCUUGAUUCUGUUCAAUCCAUUUUGUACACUGUUGUAUCGUCUGAAGGGCAAUAUGGAAGCAGACAAAAUUCAAUUACAUCAGCAAACGGCAGAAUAAAUCAAAUGCCAUCAUACCUUGAAGAAAUUGGGUUUACAAACUUGAUGGAAUGUGGAUCUUUCUUAACGGUAACUAAAGAAAAAAUGAAAAUUAAUGCAACAUACGCAAUACUUGGUAAUGUAAAUAUUUUGGGUACUCAAAAGCUAAAUUUUGGUGCAAUUUUUAAGAAGUAUUCAAGAAUUGCCGAUUUUGUAAAUGUACGCCUCUAA